GCGCACGCGCAGACACACCUGCGCAUGCGCGUUAUCAAAGUCUGUGCAGUAGCGCCGGGGGUGCGUGAGCAGGCUCCAGCACCGCAGCGGGCACCACAGCGAAGGAGCGGCCCAGGCUGCUCCUCCUCCUCCUCGCGCAUCCCCGCCCUCGGGGUCUCCCGUACGCGGCGCCGCCGGCCGGCUCCCCUCCCGCCUCCAUCCCGGCGGAGGUGACAGGAGCCCGGGGGAGCCGGCUCGGUCUCGUCGCCAUGGCCGGGUCGCAGCUGCCGCUGGAGGACGAGGAGUCGCCGCUGCCUCUCGAGGACGCGGAGCUGGCGCUGGCCGGGAUCAACAUGCUGCUGAACAACGGCUUCCGCGAGUCCGACCAGCUCUUCAGGAAAUACCGAAACCACAGUCCGUUAAUGAGUUUUGGGGCCAGUUUUGUCAGUUUUUUGAAUGCCAUGAUGACAUUUGAAGAAGAAAAAAUGCAGUUGGCUUGUGAUGAUUUAAAAGCCACAGAAAAACUGUGUGAGAGUGAAGAAGCUGGAGUUAUAGAAACAAUCAAGAAUAAAAUUAAAAGGAAUGCCGAUGGCCGAAAAUCUGCACCAUCCAUGAUGGAUCGACUACAGAGACAGAUAAUUGUAGCAGACUGUCAAGUUUACCUGGCUGUGCUUUCUUUUGUAAAACAGGAAUUGUCAGCAUAUAUAAAAGGUGGGUGGAUCCUUCGAAAAGCCUGGAAAAUUUACAAUAAAUGCUACAUGGACAUUAAUACACUUCAGGAAGUAUAUCAAAAGAAGAUAACUCAGGAAUCCUUGACUUCUGAUGCUGCAAAUGAUAAUCAUAUUGCUGCAGAAGGUUUAACAGAGGAUUCGCUAAACAGACUGAAAGGUGCUGUUAGCUUUGGAUAUGGACUUUUUCAUCUUUGCAUAUCCAUGGUGCCCCCAAACCUGCUCAAAAUCAUCAACCUGCUGGGUUUUCCUGGAGACCGCCUACAGGGGCUUUCAUCACUGAUGUAUGCAAGUGAAAGUAAGGACAUGAAGGCCCCUUUAGCUACAUUAGCUUUGCUGUGGUACCACACAGUAGUUCGUCCCUUUUUUGCUUUGGAUGGCAGCGAUAACAAGGCAGGACUGAAAGAGGCUAAGGAGAUUCUUCUGAAAAAAGAAGCUGCUUAUCCAAAUUCUUCUCUGUUUAUGUUCUUUAAGGGAAGAAUACAACGAUUAGAGUGUCAAAUCAACAGUGCCUUGACCUCCUUUCAUACUGCUUUGGAACUUGCAAUAGAUCAGAGAGAGAUCCAACAUGUCUGCCUAUAUGAAAUUGGCUGGUGCAGCAUGAUAGAAAUGAAUUUCAAAGAUGCAUUUGAAUCCUUUGAAAGGCUUAAAAAUGAAUCAAGAUGGUCCCAGUGCUAUUAUGCCUACCUGACAGCAGUGUGUCAAGGAGCCACUGGUGAUGUGGAUGGUGCGCAGAAUGUAUUCAAGGAAGUUCAGAAGCUUUUCAAAAGAAAAAACAAUCAGAUUGAACAAUUCUCAGUCAAAAAGGCAGACAGAUUUAGGAAGCAGUUACCAACCAAAGAGCUCUGUGUGCUGGCAUCCAUUGAAGUUUUGUAUUUAUGGAAAGCCCUUCCGAACUGUUCCUUUUCUAACUUACAACGUAUGAGCCAAGCUUGUCAUGAGGUUGAUGAUUCAUCUUCUGUUGGUCUGAAGAAUUUGCUUCUUGGUGCCAUACAUAAAUGCUUAGGAAAUUCUGAAGAUGCGGUUCAGUUCUUUCAGCGAGCUGUUAAAGAUGGACUGUGCCGUCAAAACAACUUAUACAUUCAGCCAUAUGCUUGCUAUGAACUCGGCUGUCUUUUGUUAGACAAUCCAGAGACUGUGCCAAGAGGCAAAAUCUUACUUCUCCAGGCAAAGGAGGAAUUCACUGGAUAUGAUUUUGAGAACAGAUUGCAUGUCCGCAUACAUGCAGCCUUAGCCUCUCUGAGGGAAGUGGUUCCACAGUGACAGCCGGGAAGUCUUGACGUAUUCUUUCCCACAGUUUCCGCACUUUAAGAUAAAGCAGAGGUUAAGCUUUUGGGAAGAUUGGCUUUUCUUCUGAAAACCACCUGUGCCAGAGACACUUUCCUAGAAUGUUCAGGGUUGGUGUGACAUAGUAAAGUUUUACAAUCUUAAUCAUUAAAAACAAAAUAAGUCAGCCAGAAAGAGAGGGUUAAGUGAUAUUGUGUUUUAACUCUUUGUUUAGUUUAAACCAACUGAACAUUUGUAGUCUGUGAUCGUAGCCUUACCUGCACAAUAAGCACAUAUCUGAUUUACCACAACAACAUUGGCUCAGUUUUGACAGGUAUCAUUUACCUGUUUAAAUAGUCUAAAGAUGUUUUCUAGGGAGAACAACCUCGUGUUCGAUGAAAAUAAUACAAUAUAAAUAAUUGUUGAAAAUUGUAAGUUUGCAGAGAUGGACAGAACUCUUUUUUUUUCCUUCAAAAGCCGACGAAAAAGAGGGGCACAAAAGAAGAAAAUUGUUCAGUGAGGAUAAUAGCCAGUCUGCUCAUUAUAUUUACUGGGUUAGUCCAAUGUCUUGAUGAUGCAUACUAUGUGUACAUUUUAGAAAACUUCCACCCAUAUUUGUGAUAAAUUAUGAGAGUAUUUAGGCUCUCUGCUUCUGGUAUUUUCCAGCCAAAUACUUUGUUUUUGACAUUUAGUCACUGUAUGCGUCAUUUUAGUUUUGUUCUUAAUGUUCUAAAUGGUGCAUUGGCCUGCUAGGCUAGAUAUUCCAAGAGUUUAGCAAAUCCUUUUCCACUCAGGUUGCUAAAUAUUGUAAGAAAAGGCAGUAGCCUUAAAAAGUAGUUUUUAACCCCCCUUAUUUUUAAGUAAGGUGGUCUUACUGAAUAGUAUCACUUCCCUUACUUCCAUAUAUGGUACUCUAAACCUCAGGUGUUUAAAGUAUUCAUAUACCUCAGUCAGCUUAAGAAUAUUUGCCACAACCAUAUAACAUAGCCAAAUGUGCAGUAAUACUGUAAUCUGUUUUCCUGUCAGUCAGUCACAUUCACUGUCUUUUUAUGUUGUCACAUUCUUUUUAGUAUAAUAUUUUAUCGAGAUAUACAUUUUACUUAUAAAAAAUGUGAAACCUGGCCAGAAUGGUAGUAAAUUCUGUUGCUUUGCAUAACUGUGAUAACCAUUUCCAAGGAAAUCCAGUCAUCAUAAAAGCCUUAUCUUUGCUCUGGCCAGGUUGCUUUAAAUGUUUCCCUAGCUCAAUUUCUCUUUUUUUUUUUUUUCUUUUUCUUUUUUUAAUUUUAUUUUGUGUCUGCAGAAUGUUUCCAAAAUGUAGUAUUUUGCUGACAUCUAACUUGCACUGGUUUGCUUCAGGAGUUGCAUCUCAAAUGAGACCUGAUGUGGAGGGGGGGAAAGUAAUGAUGUAUAUUCACUAGGCAGGGAGAAAAGAUUAGGAUAACAACCUUUGCUUUCUAACUGGAAAUACAGAAUUCCCACUAUUAGGGAUUUGCUUAGGAGCAGUCCAGUCUCCCCUUUUUAUUGCAGUCCAAGAUGGGGAGAAAGACUUUGUGAAUCCUAGAUGCUAUAAUGUAGCUUUAUUGUUUUAUGGUCUAGUUACAGUACAUGUAAUGAACAUGUUUCUCCUUAGAUUUGAUUCAGUAAUACUGAGUCACAAAAUUCUGGCUUUGUGAGUUCAAUCCUUAUUUGAAUUGGUCAAUUCAAACAAGUAUUGGAUAGAAGCGUUAUACUGUAUAUUACUUUGAACCCUGAUUGUGAUUUAAAAGUGAGCUUAAUAUACUUCUUUUUAUUUCUGACUUAUCUGCUUUUUGUUUUUUAAUCAAGGAUAUAGUCCACUUUGGAUAAGUAGCAAAUAGGCAACUUAAUAUUACCCGCAGAUUUCCUGUAGUAUCCCAUUUGCACUGAAUGCAAGAACGCACUGUCCAGGACACACAAUUCCUGCAUCGCUUCGUGUUGAGAUUUGAAGGAUCCAAAUACCCCCAGAUGAAUAGUAGAGACAGUGUGAAAGUCGGCUUACCAAAUGGCCUACUCCUCUCACCAGGCCUGUUGAGUUGGAGUGGUAUGGAAACAGACUUGUCUCACUAUGUACUCCUACAACAUCUCAGCUCUGUCCAAGUUUCAGUUUCUCCAUGGAGUCCAGAAAAUCAUCACUGAAGUGGAACUGUUUCUGUAUUUUUUCUCCCCUCGUAGGAGAAUCUCCUUAUUUGUAAAUGUCAGUUAUUUUUUAUAUUAGAUUAUGCCUGUGAUGAGAACAAUCUCAACUGUAUUUUAUGUAACUUGAAUAAGUUUUUAUACUUUAGAGCUCGGAGGCGUGGUCUAAUAGCAAUAAUGCAAUACGCAUCUUCCUGGUGAAUAUGUUUAAGAUUUUAUCUUUAUUGGGUCAGGUAUUUUUUGGUUGUUGACACAGUUUUUAUCUGAUUAUGGCUCAUUUCAAGUAAAUAACUAGAAUUUUUAGAUGUCACCAAAAAUAAGAAUAUUUAUUGUGGUGUACUGUACAUGUCAUUAACUUACAGAAAUUGCACUUUUAUAUUUCUGCUGAGUAAAAUUAAAAGAAAACAUGGACCAGA